AUGAACGCCAACUCUCCACCGACAGUGCCGCUCUUGGGCGUCGUUCUUGAUUCCGGUCCGCCCGUAGGCAGCACGGACUACACGACUAUCGUUGUUGUCCACGGACUGAUGUGGCGCGGAGAGGGGUUUCAGAAGCUGCUUCCUAUAUCGGCACGAUACAACGCCUGUACAAUCGCGCUCGCUCGGCGUGGAUACCCAGGAUCCGCGUCAUAUUCUGAAGAAGAAAUCUCCGUAUUGAAGCGCCUUUCCACCGCAUCCCCUGACUCAGCCGAAACAACUCAGGAAGUCGACGACUUUCUCAAACAGCAAGCGCGCGAGCUGUACGACACCCUCGCGGACUUCGCGAAACGUGAGAACAUCCCGCGCGUGCACGAGGACAAGAAGGGCGGGAUCGUCGUCGCCGGCUGGUCGUACGGCUCGCGCCUCAUGCUCGCGUUCCUCGCACACGCGCACUCCUUCGCGCCGUCCCACGGCGCCGAUCUUCUCACUCAUCUCCGUCGCGUCAUAUUCUAUGAUAGCUCCUUCAUGGCGUUCGGGUACCCCUCCCCGCCUGGGGGCUCGCAUCCGCUGCACCAGUCUCUGAACGCGUCAGCAAGCCCCACCGAGCGCCUCGAGCGCUUCCACGCCUGGGUCACCGGGUACUACGCGCACCGCAGGCCCCGCUCUCCCGCCGCCCCAUCCACUGAAGAAACGCAGGAGGAUGGGGAAGGGGAAGGGGAAGGGGAUGAAGGAUUCGUGUUCGACGGCGCGGUCGCGGACUCGCCGCUGACCACCGCGGAGCGCGCCGCGCUCGUGUGGGAGCCGCCAGGGCGCGAGCCGGACAGGAGCGACACGCUCGUCGCGCGGAUGAGCGCGCGCUCGGGAGCGUACGCGCGGAUGAGGCGCGCGGUCAUGUUUGGGGGAGGGAGAGAGGGCGGGACGGAUGGGAGCGGGCUGGCGCGUGCGAGGGCGGAGUGGUGGACGCGUGUCGAGGUGCGGGUCGUGUGGUGCGAGCGCUCGAUCUGGCCCGCGGUGUGGGGCGCGAUGUGCGUCGCGCGGGAGGUGGAGGGGGCGAAGGGGGCGGGGAGAGCGGUGCGGCCGGUCGUGAUCGUUCGGGUUCGGGAUGCGAACCAUUUCGCCCACUGGGACUAUCCGGAACGAACAAUACAGGCAUUCUUGGGCGAUGAAGAGGACGUGAAAUAG